UUGCCAACCGCUAUUGACAUCAAAUAAAAAAGUGUUUUCCACCCUUGGCCAUGGUGGCUCGAAAGCUACGACUGUAACUGGACGUUAUCGACUUCGCUGUUCUGCCGACAACGAUUCAUUGUGACUUGGAUCGACGGCUAUAAUGGGGAAAAAGGAUAAAGGGGAUCGUGAGAAGAAAUCCAAAAAGCGUUUAUAUGAGGAGGAGGAAGAUGAUGAAGACGUGGUGAGUGGCAAGUCGCAGGAUGCCAUACCUGCUGCUGCGGGGAAGCAAGUGGAUGAAUCCAGCACCAAACUGGACGAAUACGGAGCCAAAGACUAUCGUGUUCAGAUGCUUCUGAAGAAUGACCACUCCUCACGACCCCUCUGGGUGGCUCCAGAUGGACACAUCUUUCUCGAAGCGUUUUCACCAGUUUAUAAGUAUGCACAGGAUUUUUUGGUGGCCAUUGCGGAGCCAGUGUGCAGGCCCAACCACAUCCACGAGUACAAGCUAACAGCAUAUUCACUGUAUGCUGCUGUCAGUGUGGGGCUGCAGACCUCUGACAUAGUGGAGUAUUUGCAGAAACUCAGCAAGACCUCCGUGCCUGAUGGAAUUGUGCAAUUUAUUAAGCUCUGCACUGUGAGCUAUGGCAAAGUCAAGCUGGUGCUCAAGCAUAAUAGGUAUUUUGUUGAGAGCACAUUCCCUGAUGUGAUCCAGCGUCUCCUGCAGGACGACAAGAUCCGGAAAUGUCGUCUCUGUGCUCCCGAUGGGACGGACGGCGAGCUCAUUACAGAGGUCAUCCGCAGCAAGUCAGCGAUCUCCAAGACGGUUGAGGACAAAGGGGGUGCUUCCACCUCACAGCAGCCCACUGAUGGUCAAACGUCAGAGCAGCAGGUCCCCGAAGACAUCUUCAGCUACUAUGAGCAGAUGGACAAGGAAGAAGAGGAGGAGGAAGAGACUCAGACCGUGUCUUUUGAGAUUCAACAGGAGAUGAUUGAGGCGCUCCAAAAGCGCUGCAUUGAGCUGGAAUACCCGCUCCUCGCCGAGUAUGACUUUCGGAACGAUACCGUCAACCCGGAUAUCAACAUAGACCUGAAGCCGACGGCCGUGCUACGACCGUACCAGGAAAAAAGUCUGCGCAAGAUGUUUGGCAAUGGACGCGCUCGUUCCGGAGUCAUUGUGUUGCCCUGCGGCGCGGGCAAAUCUCUAGUUGGUGUAACAGCAGCGUGCACGGUACGCAAACGCUGCCUGGUGUUGGGUAACUCCUCGGUGUCCGUGGAGCAAUGGAAGGCCCAGUUCAAGAUGUGGUCCACUAUCGAUGACUCCCAGAUCUGCCGCUUCACCUCCGAUGCCAAGGACAAGCCCAUCGGUUGCUCAGUGGCCAUCAGCACCUACUCCAUGCUGGGCCACAGCACCAAGCGCUCCUGGGAAGCCGAGAGGGUCAUGGAGUGGAUGAGAAGCCAAGAAUGGGGUCUCAUUAUUCUCGAUGAGGUACACACCAUUCCCGCCAAAAUGUUUCGGAGUGUGCUGACCAUCGUCCAGGCGCAUUGCAAAUUGGGUCUCACUGCGACUUUAGUUCGGGAAGAUGACAAGAUCGUGGACCUCAACUUCCUCAUUGGGCCAAAGCUUUAUGAAGCCAACUGGAUGGAGUUGCAGAGCAACGGCUACAUCGCCAAAGUCCAGUGCGCCGAGGUGUGGUGCCCGAUGUCUCCAGAGUUUUACAGAGAGUACGUGGCCAUCAAAACUAAGAAGCGCAUCUUGCUUUAUACCAUGAAUCCCAAUAAGUUCCGGGCGUGCCAGUUCCUCAUUCGAUUCCAUGAGCGGCGCAAUGACAAGAUUAUUGUCUUUGCCGAUAAUGUCUUUGCCUUGAAAGAAUACGCAAUCCGCCUGAACAAGCCCUACAUUUACGGCCCCACCUCCCAAGGGGAACGUAUGCAGAUCUUGCAGAACUUCAAACACAAUCCCAAGAUCAACACCAUUUUUAUCUCCAAGGUUGGAGACACCUCAUUUGACUUGCCAGAGGCCAAUGUUCUGAUCCAAAUCUCCUCUCACGGUGGGUCACGCAGGCAGGAGGCUCAGAGACUCGGUCGUGUCCUUAGAGCCAAGAAAGGAAUGGUUGCCGAGGAAUACAAUGCAUUCUUUUAUUCGCUGGUGUCUCAAGACACCCAGGAGAUGGCGUACUCCACCAAGAGGCAGAGGUUUCUAGUGGACCAGGGCUACAGCUUUAAGGUGAUCACGCAGUUGGCAGGAAUGGAGGAAGAAGACUUGAUGUUCUCCACCAGAGAAGAGCAACAGCAGCUCCUCCAAAAGGUCCUGGCUGCCUCCGAUAUGGAUGCCGAGGAGGAAACGGUGGCAGGCGAGGUGGGCGCAAAACCACAGUUUUCAAGGCGAACGGGAACCAUGAGCUCCAUGUCUGGUGCCGAUGACACCGUCUAUAUGGAAUACCAGAGUAAAGGCAAAUCGUCUUCUCUCGGAAAGGGCAUCCAUCCGCUCUUCAAGCGCUUUAGGAAGUAGAUGGGCUGGUUAAAGUUCUGACACUUGGACAUUAGCCACAAGACGGUGGCGUAAAGAGGCCACAGCGGUUAGCGCAUCUGCCUCUCAGUUCUGAGGUUGGUGGUCCCAUUCUGGGCUUUGGCUCUCUUGUGUGGAGUUUACAUGUCGACGCCAUGCCCGUGUGGGUUCUCUUCAUUUCCUCCAGCUUCCUCUCACAUUUGACUCUAACCAAAUAGUUGUGUGUGCCUCCCACCCGAGGUCAGCUGGGAGAGGCUCCAGCACACUUGUGACCCUCGUGAGGGUAGGGAGGUAGGGAGUAUGCAAGAUGAAUGGAUGAUUUCAUUCACCGGUUAGUUUUUUUUUUUAACAAUCGUUUGAUCCUUUGUAGACUUGAAGCGAAGAGAUUCGAGUUCAAAAUAACUGAUGCAACAUGUUUUAUAUCAUGUUGACAUGGUAAGAGAAUCCUCAGGUUGGAACAAGAGUCAAC